AAUACAACUAAUAUAUUUUAAUGUUUGCUUUAGACAACACCGAUUUCAGAAUGGAUUCCAUCAGUGUAACAAAUACAAAAUUUUGUUUCGAUGUUUUCAACGAGAUGAAAGUCCAUCAUGUCAAUGAGAACAUCUUGUAUUCCCCUCUGAGCAUCCUUACAGCCCUGGCCAUGGUCUAUUUGGGGGCAAGAGGUAACACUGAAUCUCAGAUGAAGAAGGCUCUUCAUUUUGAUAGCAUUACAGGAGCUGGAAGCACCACUGACUCUCAGUGUGGCUCUUCUGAAUACAUCCACAAUUUGUUCAAGGACUUUCUCUCAGAAAUUACCAGGCCAAAUGCUACAUACUCACUCGAGAUUGCUGACAAACUCUACGUUGACAAAACAUUUGCAGUUCUUCCGGAAUACUUAAAUUGUGCAAGGAAGUUCUAUACAGGAGGAGUGGAAGAAGUUAACUUCAGAACAGCUGCUGAAGAAGCAAGGCAGCUCAUAAACUCCUGGGUGGAAAAAGAGACAAAUGGACAGAUCAAAGAUUUGCUUGUAUCAAGCUCCAUUGAUUUUGGUACAAUGAUGGUCUUUAUUAACACCGUUUACUUCAAAGGGAUAUGGAAGACAGCAUUUAAUACAGAAGACACUCAGGAAAUGCCCUUCAGAAUGACAAAGCAAGAAAGCAAACCUGUGCAAAUGAUGUGUCUGAACAAUACCUUUAAUGUGGCCACGCUGCCUGCAGAGAAAAUGAAGAUCCUGGAGCUCCCUUACGCCAGCGGAGAGCUGAGCAUGUUGGUGCUGUUGCCUGAUGAGGUUUCUGGCCUGGAGCGGAUUGAGAAAACAAUUAACUUUGAAAAACUCAGAGAGUGGACUAGUACCAAUGCAAUGGAAAAGAAGAGCAUGAAAGUGUACCUGCCCCGCAUGAAGAUUGAGGAAAAAUAUAACCUCACAUCUAUAUUAAUGGCCUUGGGAAUGACUGACCUGUUCAGCCGUUCAGCCAACCUGACUGGCAUCUCUUCAGUAGAUAACCUGAUGAUCUCUGAUGCUGUCCAUGGGGCGUUCAUGGAAGUCAAUGAAGAGGGCACUGAGGCGGCAGGUGCAACAGGGGCAAUUGGAAACAUCAAGCAUUCCCUUGAGUUAGAAGAGUUCAGGGCUGACCACCCAUUCCUCUUCUUGAUCAGAUUCAACCCAACCAAUGUUAUUCUAUUCUUUGGUAGAUAUUGGUCUCCCUAAAGAGAGAAAGAGCUUGAAAUAAUGCUUACCUUCCCCUCAGAAAUCAAACCUCUUUACUGUAGUAUUGUAACAUAAUUUCAAUGCAAUAUUUCAUCCAAGUGGAAAGCCUUCAAUAUCUAGGGAGAUAUUCUUAAAGAAGCAUGUGAAAUUUCAGAUCUUUAUGUGCAGGAAUUUAUUCUCAGCUUACAUUCAGGAUUCAUAUCUAAGGUGUAUAUGUUUCCAAUAUGCUUGAAUAACUUGGGAAACAAGGCCAGUGCUUUGUUUUUUUGUGAAGUCCUGUCAUUGUUAUUGAGAAUGUGGUUUCUCUAUAAGAGUUCUCUGAAAUGAACACAGCUUUCAGGAAAAUCCUGGUCCUUUCCAUUGAAUUGGCUGGGCAAUCAUUCUUGGCAAUCAUCCUUAUCAUGCCUGGACAAUUUGCAGAUGAAAUUUUUAACUUCAGCAGACCAUUUGUCUUAUUUGGACUUAUUUGUGCUGCAAAUACUUUAAGGCUGUGUAACUUUUUUUCUGAGGGAGCAUACAGAAAGUCUACCAUUUCUCCUUAAAUCAUCUCCAAACAAAACAUCUUCCUGAUUGAUAUUAUUUCCCAUUUUCAUCCCAGUGAUAUAUCACUGAUUUUGUGAAUGCUAAUUAAUGGUCUUUCUAUUUAUUCUAAUAAAAGCUUCGCAAACAAAACAUGUCAUUAUCUAUUCUGGGUUACUGUACUACACAACCUGAAAAAUAUGAUAUAGUGGGUAAUAAUUAUUGACAGAAGUGAUUAAGCUGGAAAAUGGAUUCUAUUUUCACAACCAGAAUGUACCCAUAGAUGAGUCACUAAAUAUUUUAAGACUUUUUUUGUAACUGGG